ACCUGGCUGGCGCUGUGAAGACCGGAGAAGAGAUGAGUAAGGGGAGUAUUAACGACACACAGGGAAUGGAGAAGUUCACGGAGGAAAUAAGCGCCGGCGUACAUGUGACGUGUCCGUUUUUAUAGUAACUUUUACGCGUCGCGACGCUUGUAUUAUUUAGCCUCCACCCGACUUCAUUGACUGUUCUUAGCCGCAGCGGAGGCGCUAGAACCCGGCGGAAGCCGCAGCUGAUCCCGUCCCCCGAUCACCGUCUGGACCCAGCGACAAGGCUUGUCUUCGCUAGAACAUGGACUAAAAUUAAUGAGGAACCAGCUACCUCAUCACAUUCAUCACGACGGUGGAAAUAUACACGCUAGCUUCACCCUGAUAUGGCAUCUUCCCCCGGGCUGGUUGCUAACACGUUACCACAGCUUCAGCUACAGGAGGUGGACUCCAGCAAAUCUUCUGAGCGGCCAAGCUCCCCUGGACUCCUGCCCUCCGUAUACAGCCCUCCUCUGGGCAUGGACAGCCACCCCGUCUGCAUCCCCUCUCCGUAUGCGGACAGUAGCCACGAGUACAACCAUGGCCACGGACCUCUGACCUUCUACGGCCCGUCCGUGCUGAGCUACGCUAGGCCGCCUGUCACUAACAGCCCAUCGUCUCUGUGCCCCUCCCUCAGCCCGUCAGCCUUCUGGCCCUCCCAAAGCCACCCGAACAUUCCUUCACUGGCUCUGCGCUGCUCUCAGCCACUUGUCUACAAUGAACCCAGCCCACAUACAGCCUGGCUGGAGCCCAAAACUCACAGCAUCAGCGCCAACAGCUCCAUCAUCGGCUGCAACAAGCUGCUGGGAAAGAGACCAGGGGAGGGAGUGGAAGGCGUGAACUCCUCCCUGUGUUCUUCUGCUGUGGGGAAGGCCGACAUGCACUUCUGCGCCGUGUGCCACGACUACGCCUCAGGGUACCACUAUGGUGUUUGGUCCUGCGAGGGCUGCAAGGCUUUCUUCAAGAGGAGCAUCCAAGGACACAACGACUACAUCUGCCCCGCCACAAAUCAAUGCACUAUUGACAAGAACCGACGUAAAAGCUGCCAGGCCUGCCGCCUACGUAAAUGCUAUGAAGUGGGCAUGAUGAAGUGUGGUGUAAGGCGUGAGCGCUGCAGCUACCGGGGAACCCGACACCGCCGCGGUGGACUCCAGCUCCGUGAUCACACUGGCAGGGGUUUGGUCCGGGUGGGGCCUGGUGCUCGGGCCCCGCGGCAUCUCCACCUGGAGGCUCCUCUCACCCCAGCAACCCCCCUCCCUCAGGCCAACCGCGCACACCAAUCGGGCAUGAGCCCAGAGGAGUUCAUCUCCCGCAUCAUUGAGGCGGAGCCCCCAGACAUCUACCUCAUGGAGGACCUAAAGAAGCCCUUCACCGAGGCCAGCAUGAUGAUGUCCCUCACCAAUCUGGCAGACAAGGAACUGGUUCUCAUGAUCAGCUGGGCUAAAAAGAUCCCUGGCUUUGUAGAGCUGAGUCUAGCAGACCAGAUCCACCUGCUGAAGUGCUGCUGGCUGGAGAUCCUGAUGUUGGGCCUGAUGUGGAGGUCGGUGGAUCAUCCUGGAAUACUCAUCUUCUCUCCCGACUUCAAACUCAACAGGGAGGAGGGAGUGUGCGUGGAGGGCAUCAUGGACAUUUUCGACAUGCUGCUGGCAGCCACGUCUCGGUUUCGUGAGCUGAAGCUUCAGCGAGAGGAGUACGUCUGUCUGAAGGCCAUGAUUCUCCUCAACUCCAAUGUGGUGACAAGCUCCCCUCAGACGGCUGAGGAGCUGGAGAGCAGGAACAAGCUGCUGCGUCUGCUGGACUCUGUGAUCGAUGCUCUGGUCUGGGCCAUUUCCAAACUGGGCCUGUCAACCCAAGAGCAGACUCUGCGCCUUGGACACCUCACCAUGUUGCUCUCCCACAUCCGCCACGUCAGUAACAAAGGCAUGGACCAUUUGUCAACCAUGAAGAGGAAGAACGUGGUGCUGGUGUACGACCUCCUCCUCGAGAUGCUAGACGCCAACACGUCCAGCUGCGGCAGUCAGGCGUCGUCCUCACCCAGCUCCGACACAUACUCGGACCAGCACCAGUUCCAAUACCCCCCGCCCCCAUCUCACCCGCAGAUGGUCUCCGAGCAGACCGGCGCCGGCCACGCCGGAGUGCCUCCGCAUGGACCCGCCGAAGCCCCGACCCUGGACAGACACCUGCAGGCUGUGCCCCCUCAGUCCCAGUCCUCACCUCCAUUUCACAUGGACAGCAAUGAGUACAUCCAUCCGGAGAAUUGGUCAAUGGAUACUGGAGACGCAGGUCUGUCGGCAGAACCGACAGACUACAUCGUCACUGAUCGAGUCCUUAUGGAAAGCACCUUAGAGGGGUGAGGGGCCUGAAAGAGACUAACUGAGACUGAACCUUUCAUGGCUUUCCAUCCCCCAGAGAUCGAGAAAAGGAAACAGACAAAAUAUGAAAAAAAAAAAAAAUACAAGCAGAAAGCACUGUUGUGAGGUAAAGUGUUUUAAGUCGUUGAAAACGUUGCAACAUUUUGAUCGAAUGUAUAUUUUCCACUCGUAAAUAUUUCUUGUGAAUGUGGGGGUGUUCAGAGAACAUCGCUGGACCUCCGCCAAUCAGUUUGAGCUCAUUUUUGAUAUGCAGUAUUUGUAUCUCUUUUUUCACCUCGGUGUAAACUUCAGAACAAGCCAGCUACAAUCUGUAAUGGCUAACAGAAAAGUUGCAUGUGGUCCAUUUCCAUAAGGGAUGUUAGUCCUACAGCUAAAAAAAAAGGGCAGUGUUUUCUAUCACACUGGGACGUUUUUCUCCUUCAUUACUACUGUGUACUUGUGUGUUUAAGGUGCCUGUUUAUUCAGGAUUUUUCUACUCUUUUUGUAAAAACUACAAGUUUCAGUGGAGUCAAGAAGCAGCUGUUUGUGGCCUUUAAACAAAUUGACUGUUAACGUGAGCUUUCUUCCCUGUUUAUCUGGUUAAACUAAGGCUGGAUUUACAAUGAAGGAUAUGUGGCACAAAUCUCUUGCGAGUUUAACACUUGG